UAGACUGAAUCACACAACCAUCUGGAUCGCACAACAAUAAUGAAUGCAAAGGCAUCGUAGCCAAGAAAGUUCAGUCCAGCAACUAAGAAGUCGCUAUUUGGGUGGGUUAAAACAUAUAUUAUUGAAAGAAGAUUUUACAGAAAUAGAUGGAGAUGGAUUGGCCUGGUAAAUCGGAAACCAUUCUUUGGAACAGAAAACAAUUGUUACUUUUGAGGUGAGGUUCAGUUUAGAGUAAAUACAGAUGAGAGUUCUCUACAAAUGCAAAAGUAUACGUUUUUUUUUUAAAUGACACCGUAUGGAACUGGUGUGGCGUAAACGUUUGAUUUAAACUGGAACAUUUGGAACAGAAGUGGCUGAUUUUGUAAUAACUCACUGGUGCAUUUUGGAGGAACGCAGGGAAUUUUCCCACUUUUGGAAAAACUCUGAAUAAACGGUCGGAAGAGGGAACUUUAUUUACUCUACUAAAAGGAUACAGUACUGCUUUUAACCAUGGGGAAUAUUGAAAGUGUGGAUGGACAGUCGGACAAUAUGAAGCAUCAUAUGAUGCCAUUGAAAGUGCCCAUGCCUGACCAGUCGGAGUUGGAGGAGAGAUUUGCUUUAGUUUUGAAUUCCAUGAACCUUCCUCCCGACAAAGCCAGACUCCUCAGACAGUAUGAUAAUGACAAGAAAUGGGACCUCAUUUGUGACCAGGAACGGUUUCAGGUGAAGAACCCUCCUCACACCUACAUCUCCAAGCUACGGGGCUACUUAGACCCAGGAGUCACACGCAAGAAGUUCCGAAGGCGGGUCCAGGAAUCCACUAAAGUUCUGAGGGAACUGGAGAUCUCGCUGAGGACCAAUCACAUAGGGUGGGUCCGGGAGUUCCUCAACGAUGAAAACAGAGGUCUGGACAUCCUGGUGGAGUACCUCUCCUUUGCACAAUGUGCUGUCAUGUUGAAUUUUGAGGGUCUGGAUAAUGGGGAGGAGGGCUCCCUGGACAAGGCUACUUCCUGGAGUAGGUCUAUAGAGGAUCUACACCAGAGUGGCGCUCAGCCUUUCUGCAACACGCUGGUCCGCUCGGCGCGCCAGUCUGUGCUCCGGUAUGGCACAGCACCUAACAGCAAAACCAUCAAGAACUCAAGACUCGUGAGCCAGAAGGACGACGUGCACGUUUGCAUCAUGUGCUUGCGAGCGAUAAUGAACUACCAGUAUGGCUUCAACCUGGUAAUGUCCCACGCACACGCAGUCAACGAAAUUGCCUUAAGUCUGAACAAUAAGAACUCAAGGACAAAAGCCCUCGUGCUGGAGCUGCUGGCUGCAGUCUGUCUGGUUAGAGGAGGCCAUGAGAUCAUACUCUCUGCAUUCGACAACUUCAAAGAGGUGUGCAAGGAGAAGCAUCGCUUUGAGAAGCUGAUGGACUAUUUCCAUGUGGAGGAUGGGAACAUUGACUUCAUGGUGGCCUGCAUGCAGUUCAUCAACAUCAUGGUCCACUCGGUAGAAGACAUGAACUUCAGGGUUCACCUGCAGUACGAAUUCACUAAGCUGGGCCUAGAUGACUACCUGGAGAAAUCCAAGUACACAGAGAGUGACAAGCUGUCAGUCCAGAUCCAGGCCUACCUGGACAAUGUGUUUGAUGUGGGCGGCCUGCUGGAGGACGCAGAGACCAAGAACGUGGCUCUGGAGAAGGUGGAGGAACUGGAGGAACACCUGUCCCAUGUGACAGAGAAGCUGCUGGAGGUGGAGAAUGAGACCAUCAUGAAAGUGGCUGACCUGGAGAAGCAGCUCCUGCAGAAGGACAAGGAUCUCCACGUAAUACGGGAGACGUACGAGUCGACCAACACCCAGGUCCACACCCUGAGGAGGAUGAUCAAGGAGAAGGACGCUGCCUUCCAGAGGAGCUUCAACAUCGAGAAGCGCCUGCUGGAGAUGGAACAGCAGGGGACCAUCCGCCUCCGCAAGAAGCCCGAUGGGGACAUCGCCAUCGAGCCCCUGGGAGGGGGUGGUGGAGGAGGAGGGAGUAGAGGUCCGGGGGUGCCUCUGGGUGACUUUGGGCAGAACGGAGGGUUCUCCGUGGGGCCUGGAGGAGUAACAGGGCCAGGAGGACCAGGAGGACCAGGGACUAGUCUACCAUCAGCCAGUGAAGCACCUCCUCCCCCUCCUCCUCCUCCUCCACCUCCUCCUCCUCUGCCCUCUGCUUUAGGAGCUAAUGCUCCACCCCCACCACCUAUGGCCCCGCCUUUACCAGGAACUACACCCAACUUCAUCCUCAAUAUGGGCCUAUCAGCUAUCAGGAUCAAGAAGCCCAUCAAGACCAAGUUCCGCCUGCCUAUAUUCAACUGGACCGCGCUGAAACCCAACCAGAUCAACGGCACGGUCUUCAGUGAGAUAGAUGAUGAACGAGUACUAGAGGAGCUGGAUGUGGAGAAGUUUGAGGAGCUUUUUAAGACCAAGGCCCAGGGUCCUUUGGUGGACCUGUGUGGCCCCAAGACUAAAGUGUCUCAGAAGGCUGCCAACAAGGUCAGCCUGCUGGACGCUAACCGCUCCAAGAACCUGGCCAUCACACUGAGGAAGGCCAACAAGAGCACUGAGGAGAUCUGCAAAGCCAUACAGAGCUUUGAUCUGAAGGCCUUGCCGGUGGACUUCGUGGAGUGUCUGAUGCGGUUCCUUCCCACAGAGGCAGAGGGGAAGACGAUGCGUCAGUACGAGCGGGAGCGGCGACCGCUGGACGCGCUGACGGACGAGGACCGAUUCAUGCUCUUCUUCUCCAAGAUCGAACGGCUCACCCAGAGGAUGAACAUCAUUACCUUCGUAGGGAACUUCACAGACAACGUCAGCAUGCUAACCCCGCAGCUCAACGCCAUCAUCGCAGCGUCCGCGUCCGUCAAGUCUUCACCGAAGUUAAAACGCAUGCUAGAGAUCAUCUUAGCCCUGGGGAACUACAUGAACAGCAGCAAGAGAGGCUCUGUGUAUGGCUUCAAGCUACAAAGUCUUGAUCUGCUGCUGGACACCAAGUCUACAGACAGGAAGAUGACUCUGCUCCACUACAUAGCUGUGGUUGUCAAGGAGAAGUAUCCAGAGCUGGCUAACUUCUUCAACGAACUACACUUUGUGGACAAAGCUGCUGCAGUGUCUCUGGAGAAUGUGCUGCUGGACGUGCGGGAGCUGGGUAAAGGGAUGGAUCUGAUCAGGAGAGAGUGUAGUCUCCACGACCACUCUGUUCUCAAGGGCUUCCUCCAGACCAGCGACACUCAGCUUGACAAACUGCAGAAGGACGCCAAGACUGCGGAGGAAGCCUUCAACAAUGUGGUGAACUAUUUUGGGGAGAGUUCCAAGACGACUCCUCCGUCUGUGUUCUUCCCUGUGUUUGUGCGAUUCAUCAGAGCUUACAAGGAUGCGGUGGUGGACAAUGAGCAGAGGAAAAAGCAGGAGGAAGCCAUGAGAGAGAAAUUACUGGCUCAGGAGGCCAAGCAACACGACCCCAAGGUCCAGGUAGUGAAGAAGAGGCAGCAGCAACAGGAGCUGAUCUCAGAGCUGCGUAAACGCCAGGCUAAGGACCACCGGCCCGUCUACGAGGGGAAGGACGGCACCAUCGAGGAUAUCAUCACAGUGCUGAAGAGCGUCCCCUUCACAGCCCGUACUGCUAAACGAAGCUCACGGUUCUUCUGUGAGGCACAGCUCUGUGACGACUCCAACUGCUAGCCCCUACAGUUCCUCCCCCCUAAUGCCAAGGUUGUCCAGAACAGAUCUCCGCAGCCAGCCUUUCCUGCGGCAUGACGCGCUGAUCCGGAGCGGCUGGAAGAGACCCUAAACAAACCACUCGUUCCUCCUCAUUUACCCCCCAUUCCCUUUAUAACCUCCCCCCUUCCCCACCUGUGUCCCGGUGGUCUCACCCACCCGAGGCUGCAUCUCCCUGCAGAUCAGAGACUGAAAGCCGGACCGGACUGAACCAAUGGCCCAAGUUUUACGGGGGUAUUUAUUUAUUUAUGGAGAUCCUAUAUGGACACGAUCUCUCAACAAGCAGGUAUAAGCACAGACAUCAGGUGGGUUAGCCUACCCCCUCUCCCACUGCAAACACACACCGCAUGCACAAAGGCACACACACAGAAAAUAGAGGACUACAGCGAUUGCCAGUGUUGGCAUUAAGAACAGGACUGGGCAGAGAGUCCAAAGAAGAAGAGUAUGGUGAGUUGAGCCCUUAAAGGGGUGGCUCGCCUCACACAAGCAGGAAGGAAGGACACUGCAACUGCAUAAUGUGGACAUGGAACCUCAAGUGCCUCCUGCCAAGUGCCUGCCAACGUGGAUCUUAUUUCCAUGAAUGUGGAUUUCCUCCGUGCAAGUUGAGGAUGGGAGACAGUCGGUCGGUUGUAUAAAAUGACAGCAUGUGUUGACUCUACUGCUGGGAUUUCCACUUCAAAGAGAACAGGGUUGUUUUCAUAAGGCCCCAAAACGAAAGAAAACAGACUGAAACAGGGAGGGACUAGCUGGACUUGACCAAUAAGAAACGCUUAUUUUUGUUUUCCGUGGCAAAACGCUUUGUGUGCCCUAAUGAAUAUGGCCCAGGGUUUUGCCAUCACAGAAGGGCUCUGUCCACAGAUUAAAGAACGAUUGAAGAUUAUCGUUAGAGACCUUUAAUCUUUGGAGAUGUUUCUGUACAAGCUAGCCAAACCAAACUUCCUCUGCUCUCAUGUCUUAUUUUGAGAACGAAUAAGUGCCUUUUUGUUUAGACAGUAUUAUUUCUGUAACUCAGCUAUAAUUUGUAUCUUUAGAUGUUAAAUAUUUUAUUUUUUAUUGCAUUUGUUUGAUAACAUUACCUUCAAAAACAAAACUAAAACUAAAAAGAAUCAUAUGCAAUGGUUUGGAAUCAGAAUUCCAGCCUUAAUCACUAUACAGUAUUUAAAGGUUGCUUCUCAGCACUGUAAUCUAAAUUAGUUUAGGCCAAGUGUCUUUGAAAUCAUUUGAUGAGUGGGUAAAAACAUUCCAUGUAUUUACUUUCUAUUACUUUUAUCUUUAUGACCUACAGUCCAAUCACCACUUCAGUCUUACCACUUAGGCCAGGAUUCAUUCCAAUCCGCCUUAUAGAGCGGUUGACAUUUAGGGCUCUAUUCAAAAACUGGAUCGCUGGAGCGUUACAGAUUGGGGGAUAGAAAGGUAAUUUCCGACUGAGCCGACAUAUGCAGCGUUUACAGUGAAUGCAGUCGGCGCAAACGCCGGAACUUUGCCUUUAAACUUCAAAUCACGCUGAACUUCUGAGACACGGGUUGAAUAGAGCCCUUUUGAGGUCAGUCCGAUUAAGCCAAGAUAUCCAGCGUUUCCGUCAAUACGGUCAUGCAUUUGUCGGUAGAUAAAGAAUGUAUUGCUGAGUCUAACCAUGUUCUUUAUGCUCUCUUCGCAUCAAGUUUUAGAAUUGUAAUGAUGAACAAUUUCCCCCUUAAUAGCCAUAAAGCAAGCACAAUGAUUGUGCACUCAGAUUUACAAUCUGUGUUUCAAUAUGGCAUUACCACAAAAGGGACAGUGCAUAUUUACACUACUUACAUUGCCUUAAUGUUGUAUGAGACACUACUUCUAUAGCAGAUAUUUUUUACAUGCAUUUACAUUUGAUGUAAAAUCAACGAAUAGAAGCCUUUUACUUGUGCUUUUCUGUCGUAAGGAUGAAAUUAAAUAGUGCCUGAUAUUUGAUGCGUGUUGUCCAAAAGAUGACCCCCCCCCCUUAAUAAACAAAAUGACAAUGUGACUCACAA